CCUGAACCGAGGCUGAUUUUUGGACGGGGACUCGUGUCGUUGCUGUGGAUAGCUGGUCAGGAGAUUUGUAAAUUGUACCAGGAAACGCCAGAAUGAAGGUAUCAAUGCCCCUGCCUCAGAUUUAUGUAGAAAAAACCCUAGCCCUUAUCAAGCCAGAUGUUGUUGACAAAGAAGAGGAGAUACACGAUAUUAUUCUGAGAUCUGGAUUCACCAUUAUUCAGAGACGGAAACUACACCUGAGCCCUGAGCACUGUAGUAACUUUUAUGUGGAGCAGUAUGGGAAAAUGUACUUCCCAAACUUAACAGCUUAUAUGAGCUCUGGACCUCUUGUUGCUAUGAUACUAGCUAGGCACAACGCCAUCUCUUACUGGAAAGAACUUCUGGGACCAGCUAAUAGUUUAUUAGCCAAGGAGACACACCCGGACAGUUUAAGGGCGAUAUACGGCACAGACGAACUGAGGAACGCGCUUCACGGCAGCAAUGACUUCGCCGCCUCAGAGAGAGAGAUCAGGUUCAUGUUUCCCGAAGUGAUUAUCGAACCGAUUCCAAUCGGACAAGCUGCUAAGGACUAUUUAAAUUUGUAUGUAGCACCAACCCUACUUCAAGGACUCACGGAGCUUUGCAAGCAAAAGCCAGCAGAUCCUUACAUCUGGCUUGCUGAUUGGCUAGUGAAAAAUAAUCCCAACAAGCCUAAACUUUGUCAUUUCCCCGUGACAGAAGAGCCUUAGUCUACUCC